AUGUCUGCAGGUGACACUGCCAGAGAGCCCGCGUCUGAGCAAACGCCCCUCCUUCGGGAUUCACCCGGCGAUGCCAAUGAGAAUACCCCACUACCCCAGGAACCCAGUACCAAGGAGCUGAUUUGGAUCCUCGGAAGCAUCUGGCUCGGUGUCUUCCUGGCUGCUCUCGGUAUGGACUUCAACUCUUUCCGGAGAAACAAAAUUUCUAACCCUAGCCUCAUUACAGACACAACGAUCGUCGCCACGCUCUCCGCGCCCAUCUCUUCGUCCUUCAACUCAUUCUCGCUGCUCUCGUGGCUAGCCACUUCUUACCUAAUUUCCAAUGCCGCCUGCCAGCCUCUCAGUGGCCGAUUGACUGAUAUCUACUCUCGUCGCUGGGGGCUUGUGUUCUCUAACAUCUUCUUCGCCCUGGGCAACUUGAUCUGCGGCCUGGCAAGAGCGGAAUGGGUUAUUAUCCUUGGUCGCGUCGUGGCAGGUGUCGGAGGAGGCGGUCUUACUGCGAUCUCGACCUUCGUCACUUCGGACUUGAUCCCUCUCCGCAAACGAGGUAUCUGGCAGGGCAUCGGAAACAUCUGCUACGGUGCUGGCAUGGGACUUGGAGGUGUGUUUGGCGGGUGGAUCAACGACACUCUGGGAUGGAGAUGGGCGUUUUUGCUGCAGGUUCCCUUCCUAGUCAUCUCGUGCAUUCUAGUCGCGAUUAAAGUCAACAUUCCCGUGAAAGAAACGGAUACCGCGCGCAUCAAACGCGUCGACUUCCUAGGCGCUAUCACUCUGGUUCUGACACUGGUCUCUUUAUUGCUUGGCCUCAACACCGGCGGAAACCAAGUGCCCUGGACCCACCCGCUGGUGCUGACAUCGUUGGUUGCCUCUGCUCUCUUCUUAGGUCUGUUCAUCUACGUGGAAGCUGAGAUUGCUUCCGAGCCUGUUAUUCCCGUGCGCCUUCUGCUGGACCGCACCGUCGCAGCUGCUUGUCUGACCAAUUGGUUCGGUACAAUGGCCGUCUUCGGCCUCCUCUUUUACCUACCGGUGUACUUCCAGGUGCAGGGGCUUUCUGCGACUGCUGCCGGCGCGCGAUUAAUCCCGCAGGCGAUCGGCACCUCGAUUGGUUCUUUGGGAUCGGGUAUCAUCAUGCGCGCCAGCGGUCGGUAUGCAUUUCUCAAUUAUGUUGCCAUGGCUGUUCAGGUUCUCUCCGCUGGGCUCAUCUGCACUUUGAAUCUCUACACGCCCGUCGGACUGCCGUUCCUCUAUUUCUUCCUGGGCGGUGCAUCCUAUGGUAGCAUGCUAACCAUCACCCUGGUGGCGCUCAUCUCUUCUGUAGACCACCAGCACCAUGCGGUUGUGACAUCUGCUUCGUAUGCGUUCCGCAGCACCGGAAGUACGAUUGGUAUCACGGUCGCUUCGGCUGUCUUCCAGAACACCCUGAAGCUUGGGCUUUGGUCUCGAUUCGGUGAGCGCAAGGACGCCAAGGAGCUGAUUGGGCGGCUUCGAGAUAGCUUGGACGAGAUUUGGAAGUUACCCGCAGACUUGACAUCUGGAGUGCUUGACGCAUACAUGGACUCCUUGCGGGCGGUAUUUGUGACAUUGUUGGGCCUGGCGGUCCUGGGAGCAUUGGCAAGUCUCGCGAUGAGAGAGCAGAAGUUGCACAACAACUUGGCCCGGCGAUAG